AUGCCUUCUAGCGGUUCCCUCAUUGAGAUUGAAGGUUCAAACAUCAUUGAAGAUAUAAAUGAAAUUAUGAGUAGUUUAAGAGUAAACUGUAUUCCCUUCUUUCUUUCUCUAUAUCUAUCCACCAUAACUAUUCAUGAUUCACAGAAUUCACACCAGCAAAAACGUCAGAAACAAGAAGAUUCGGGAAGAAUGGCGAGCAUUGCUACCACUUGUUCUUCCGGUUUGAUUUUGAGGAGAAAAGAAUCAACCACCAAUGCAGGUUCGAUGCUUCAGUUCAAUGGCCUUAGAGCCAUUGAAUCUAACCAGAUUGCUGCUUCAUCUGGAUUCAACCCUAGUUGGUCUGCAUCUACUUCAGCGUCGAAAUCUAGACCAAUCAAGGCUAUGGCUUCGGCUCCCAAACGAGAAACAGACCCGAAGAAAAGGGUUGUCAUCACCGGAAUGGGAGUUGUCUCCGUUUUCGGCAACGAUGUCGACACAUUCUACGACAAACUCCUAGAGGGUCAGAGCGGAAUCACUAUAAUAGACAGAUUCGAUUCUUCCACUUUCACCACUCGUUUCGCUGGUCAGAUUCGUGAUUUCUCUUCCGUCGGCUACAUCGACGGGAAAAACGACCGUCGUCUUGAUGACUGCUGGAGGUAUUGUUUGGUCGCCGGCAAAAAGGCGCUCGAAGACGCCAACCUCGGCCCAGAGAUCCUAAAAUCCAUGGACAAAACGAAAAUCGGAGUUCUGGUCGGGUCCGGCAUGGGAGGUUUAUCGGCGUUUAGCACUGGAGUCGAAUCGCUUAUUCAAAAAGGAUUCAAGAAAAUCUCUCCGUUUUUCAUUCCAUACUCCAUCACUAACAUGGGAUCGGCUUUAUUAGCUAUCGACACCGGUUUAAUGGGCCCAAAUUACUCGAUUUCUACAGCUUGUGCGACUGCAAACUAUUGCUUUUUUUCAGCUGCAAAUCACAUUCGAAGAGGAGACGCCGAUAUUAUGGUUGCAGGUGGAACCGAAGCUGCUAUCAAUGCUACUGGUGUUGGUGGGUUCAUCGCUUGUAGGGCUCUUUCCCAAAGAAACGACGAACCCCAUCGGGCUUCUAGACCUUGGGAUCAAAAUCGCGAUGGUUUUGUCAUCGGUGAAGGUUCAGGCGUCCUGAUUAUGGAAAGCUUGGAGCAUGCAACAAAGCGUGGAGCUAAUAUACUCGGGGAGUAUUUAGGAGGAGGUAUAACUUGUGAUGCUCAUCACAUGACUGAUCCUCGCAAAGAUGGGCUUGGAGUUUCGUCUUGCAUAACCAAGUGUUUAGAAGACUCUGGUGUUUCACCCGAAGAGGUGAACUAUGUGAAUUGUCAUGCAACAUCGACCCUAGCCGGGGAUUUAGCCGAGGUUAAUGCAAUCAAGAAGGUCUUUAAGGAUACAUCUGAGAUCAAGAUGAAUGGAACCAAGUCGAUGAUUGGACAUGGUCUUGGAGCUGCAGGUGGAUUGGAAGCCAUUGCAUGCAUAAAAGCAAUCAACACCGGGUGGCUACACCCUACGAUUAACCAAGAUAAUUUGGAGCCACUGGUUGACAUCGAUACAGUCCCAAAUGUGAAGAAACAACAUGAAGUCAACGUUGCCAUUUCUAACUCAUUUGGGUUUGGUGGGCAUAAUUCGGUGGUUGCAUUUGCUCCUUUCAAACCGUGAACCUUUUUCAACUACAUGUUCCCAUUUCUGCACACAAAAAAUUCGUUUUUGGGACCCGAUAAACAGUUGAGCAUAUUUGAGCGAAUUACGUAUGUGUGAUGAUCAUUCCAAGAAGAGUUUUUGAUGUAACACUAUUUUCCUGAUACAUGUAUUCGAGGUGAUUAAAAAGAUCGGUG